AUGCAUGCGACCAUGUCGUGGUCGGACCUCUUCGUGGCCAUGCUAAAGAUGACGACUUUUGCCUUUGUCUUCGGCACGUCGCGGUCCAGAGACUUUGGGCUUGCAUCCCCGAAUUGCCGCUCUCCCAAUUAA